CUCGUCAUCACUUGUCCAAGCUCUGGUCAGAAAUUUACAUAACUGACUGAGGCAGGCAUGCUCGUCCUCCCAGGCUCGUCUGCACUCUCCUCGUCGAAGCGCCAGGCACUUCUCCAGCAUAUCAAAACCAUCAAACCGGAUGUAAUAUCCGUUGAUGCAGUCUAUAUCCACCUCGUCAAAUCUCCGAGCCAAUCGCUACAGGAUGACCUAGCUAACAAUGCAUCGUCACCAAGACAAGCUAUUGAUCUGUUGCUGGACUACGGCGAUGAUAUCAGACUUCCAUCGACAUCCGAAGCGCUUCACUCCGGGCACAAUGUCAUCUACGUUCUACCAAGAGCUGGUUCUAUAUCACCGUGGUCCAGCAAAGCGACUGACAUCGCUGGUAUAUGUAAUUUGUCACAACACAUAGAUCGUCUCGAACGCGGGGUCGCGUUCGUCUUCCAGCUGGCAAACAAUGAAGAUCUUAGGAAGAAAGAUCUGACUGCGCUGUCCCAUUUGCUUCACGAUCGUAUGACGCAGAGCGUUCAUAUGUCUCUACCUCUCGAGGGCGUGGUCUUUCAACAUCACUCCCCAAGCCCCCUGCGGAUUGUGGAGUUGAGAGGUGAAGGGGAGGAGAUUGAUGCUGGUGCUGCGCGCGAGAAGCUUUCGACUGCGAACAAAGCACUGGGACUCGCGCUUGCAGCAGAUGAAAUUGAUUACUUGGUGGAAGCAUUUGUAUCUGGAUCGUCACCAAUCAACCGUAAUCCCACCGACGCGGAGUUGUUCAUGUUUGCUCAAGUGAACUCGGAGCAUUGCAGGCACAAAAUAUUCAACGCAUCGUGGACAGUAGACGAGACGCUUCUCGACUGGUCACUUUUCCAGAUGAUCAGGAAUACGGAGAAAAUCAGUCCGCUGGGAACAAUCUCUGCAUAUUCUGAUAAUGCAGCUGUCCUUGAGGGCGCACAAGCUCCUCGAUUUGGCGUACAUAGUCCUUCUACCGAACAUAUUUACCAAGCUUCUGUCGAGAACAUGCCGAUUCUCAUCAAAGUCGAGACACACAACCAUCCCACUGCAGUCUCUCCUUAUCCAGGAGCAGCUACGGGCUCAGGAGGGGAGAUUCGAGAUGAAGGAGCAGUAGGCCGGGGAUCAAAACCUAAGGCUGGACUAGCUGGUUUCACUGUUUCUAACCUUCUCAUACCUGGCUAUGAGCAACCUUGGGAGACAGAUUUUGGUCGGCCCUCACACAUCGCGUCAGCCCUCGACAUCAUGAUCGAAGGCCCUUUAGGCGCCAGUGCUUUCAACAAUGAGUUCGGUCGUCCAGCCCUCGCAGGCUACUUCCGUACGUUCUCUGAAUCUGUCCCUGCCUCAGAGGACGGAUCAACACAGGAGAUCAGAGGCUAUCACAAGCCAAUCAUGAUCGCCGGUGGAUACGGGAAUGUCCGCCCACAGUUCGCGAUGAAAAUUCAGAUUUCCCCGGGGGCGAAGAUAAUCGUCCUGGGUGGCCCAGGUAUGCUCAUCGGUUUAGGUGGUGGCGCAGCAUCUAGUCAGGUAUCUGGCGCCAGCUCUGCGGAAUUGGAUUUUGCAUCUGUCCAGAGAGAGAAUGCAGAGAUGCAGAGGAGAUGCCAACAAGUUAUCGACGCUUGCGUUAGCUUGGGGGAGAGUAGUCCCAUCCAGAGUAUCCAUGAUGUAGGCGCCGGCGGACUGUCCAAUGCACUUCCAGAGCUGGUCCGCGACUCAGGACUUGGCGCGAAGUUUGAGAUCAGGGAUGUACUGGUCGCGGACAGCUCUAUGUCUCCCAUGGAGAUAUGGUGCAACGAAAGUCAGGAACGCUAUGUCCUUGCUGUGUCGGCAGAGAAGGCCAGCGAGUUCGAGAAAAUAGCCCAAAGGGAACGGUGUCCAUUCUCAAUCGUUGGCAUCGCGACAGAGGAAGAAGAACUCAUCGUCACCGACCGCCUCCUUUCGCAAGAUGUCAUUCACCUCAAAAUGUCGACACUUUUCGGGAAGCCUCCUCGCAUGUCGCGCAAGGAUACCACGCGAAAGAUUGGUUUCAUAAACUUUGAUACUUCCCUUUCGAAAUAUCUUCCGAACUCCUCCACCUUGUCCAACCGCUUGUCUCUCGCAGUGGACCGCGUUCUUCGUCUUCCAUCAGUAGGGUCAAAAUCUUUCCUUAUCACAAUCGGAGACAGAACCAUCACAGGCUUGGUGACUCGCGACCAAAUGGUUGGACCGUGGCAGGUCCCAGUUGCUGACGUUGCUGUCACUCGAUCAUCAUAUGGUUUUGAUGUCCUGAGUGGUGAAGCUAUGGCAAUGGGUGAACGGACACCUGUAGCUCUGCUAAAUCCAUCUGCGUCCGCUCGAAUGGCUAUCGCCGAGGCGCUCACCAAUCUAGCUGCAGCUUCCGUCUCCAGCCUUUCUCGCGUCAAGCUCAGUGCAAACUGGAUGUGCGCUGCUUCUAAGGAAGGCGAAGGUGCAGGGUUGUAUGCCGCCGUGGCCGCUGUCGGUAUGGAACUUUGUCCUGCGCUGGGCGUCGGCAUCCCCGUCGGCAAGGAUUCAAUGUCAAUGUCGAUGAAGUGGAAGCAAGGAGAGGAGCAGCGUGAAGUUAGUGCACCGUUGUCUCUCAUUGUCACGGCGUUCGCGCCGGUGAACAACGUCGAACGAACAUGGACGCCUCAGCUGCGUACAGAUCUGAAGGAAACGACUGUGCUUGUCUUCUUCGAUCUUGCUCAUGGCAAGACGCGCAUGGGUGGAUCGGCGCUUGCGCAGGUUUUCAAGGAAAUCGGAUCAGAGGCGCCAGACGUCGAGAAUCCUCUUACAGUCCAAACGUUCUUCGAUGGGUGCCAGAAGGUCAAAAAGAAUCAGCCUGACUUGAUCCUUGCAUAUCACGAUCGCUCCGACGGAGGGCUUUUCACAACUUUGGUGGAGAUGUGCUUCGCUGGUCGAGUAGGAGCUGUAAUCUCCCUUGACACACUCCAUAGUGCUUCCGACCCUGUGGCGACCCUAUUCAAUGAGGAGUUAGGAGCUGUCGUCCAAGUGCGCGAGUCCCACCUGAGUAAGCUCAUGAGCGAGUUUGUCGACGUCGGCUUCCCUUCCACAUCCAUCCACGUCAUUGGGCGCGUCAACAUCGAUCCUUCUGAUCAACUUUUCGCCAUCAAUCACGAAUCCAAGGUGCUAUUUUCGAGCACACGUCAGGAGGUUCAACAAGCCUGGGCCGACACUUCGUACCGCAUGCAAUCUCUGCGCGACAACCCUAUCGGGGCACGGCAGGAAUUCAACCUCAUCAAGGAUCACACUCACCGGGGUUUAUUUUAUGACCUCACAUUUGAGCACACGCCAUCCCCCUCACGAAGUCUCUCACCGCGGCCAAAGGUCGCCAUCUUGCGUGAGCAAGGUGUCAACGGACAUGUGGAAAUGGCUUGGGCAUUUACAGCGGCAGGUUUUGAUGCCGUGGACGUUCACAUGUCUGAUAUUCUCUCUGGAGCACUCUCACUUUCGCGCUUCCGCGGUCUAGCAGCUUGCGGUGGCUUUUCCUAUGGAGAUGUGCUCGGUGCUGGGAAAGGCUGGGCUCACUCAGUACUUUUGAACGAUAUAGCGAGGAAGGAGUUUACCCACUUCUUCGCAGAUAAAACUACGUUCACUCUCGGCGUCUGCAAUGGUUGCCAAUGGCUCAGUCACUUGAGAGAGAUCAUUCCUGGCGCAGACCACUGGCCCGACUUCAAGCAGAACGCCUCUGAACGCUUCGAGGGUCGUGUAUCCAUGGUCGAAGUCACUUCUAAUGAAGUGACGAAGGCCUCCGUCUUCUUGCGAGAUAUGGUUGGGUCAAAGCUUCCUGUUGCUGUUGCUCAUGGAGAGGGAAGAGUGUCAUUUUCGGACCAUACCCAGAGAGAAGCCCUGCAGAAAGCAGGCCUCGUCGCACUGCAAUAUGUCGAUUCUGCGGGUGAACCCACAGAAGUUUAUCCAUUGAACCCGAAUGGCAGUCCCGAUGGGAUUACUGGCGUGCAGACAAUCGAUGGCAGAAUAAUGGGACUUAUGCCCCAUCCAGAACGCGUCGUAGCACUGGAGAGUUGCAGUUGGUAUCCGCCCGCGUUUGGGGAUUCGUGGGAUGGUUCGAGUCCGUGGUUCAAGCUUUUCCAGAGUGCUCGUGCCUGGGUGAAUUAG